AGAAGGGCUGGAGUGAAGGCUCGGAAACCGAGCAGAGCAGCAGCACAAACGCAAUGAGAGAGUGUGUAUUUUUGGUACGCCAUUCCAUGCAUCUCUCCCUCCCCACCUCUCCUUCUUUGACGGUCUCUUGUCUCCCCCAUUCCCAAACACGCCAAAACUAAUUUCCACCCGCUCCACGUGCAUACCGCCAUGCCCCCCUCCCUCUCUCUCUCUCUCUCAUAUUAAUCCAAAGAAACUAAAACCCUACUCAAAUCAAAUCAUUCCCCUGUUGUGUUUGUUUAUUUACUUCUCUUCUCUUCUCGUCUCGUCCCCACUCAUCUUCCCCGGCGGAACCCAAAAACCCCAACAUAUAUCCCUUUUCAUUUUUGUUUUGUUUUUUUUAUUUUUUAUUUUUUAUUACAUACAUCCAUCGAUCGAUCACCAUGCCAACUCCUUCUCUUAGCCACUUCUCUACAGAGACUACUGAGAGUACUUGUUUAGAAGCGAAUGAAGAAGAUGAAGAGUCAGUCCUUCUCACCCUUCGCCCUCCAGGCCAACACAUUUCCAAAGUGGUCAGUCUUUCUCGUCGUCAUCAUCAUCAUCAGUACUCCUCCGACCAGGCUGAGAGUGGUUUUGUGAACCAUAGCAGUGAAGAGAGUGUAACCGUAGCUCUUCAUAUCGGACCCCCUAGUGUCGGCAUUAGCACAAGCAAUGGCAUUAACAAUGGUGCCCCGGUCGAGGGACAGUACUGGAUUCCCUCGCCUGCUCAAAUCCUUGUCGGCCCAACUCAAUUUUCUUGCUCUGUGUGCAACAAGACCUUCAAUAGAUACAACAAUAUGCAGAUGCAUAUGUGGGGGCAUGGUUCACAGUAUCGCAAGGGUCCAGAGUCACUGAGGGGGACGAAGCCAGCGUCAUCGAUGCUGAGAUUGCCGUGUUACUGCUGUGCUGAAGGAUGUAAGAAUAAUAUUGAGCACCCGAGAUCGAAGCCAUUGAAGGACUUCAGGACACUACAGACGCAUUACAAGAGAAAGCACGGAGCCAAGCCAUUUGGGUGUCGUAAAUGUGGCAAGGCUUUUGCAGUACGGGGUGACUGGCGUACUCAUGAGAAGAACUGCGGAAAGCUCUGGUUUUGUAUUUGUGGCUCUGAUUUCAAGCACAAGAGGUCCCUGAAGGACCAUAUCCGUGCCUUUGGAGGCGGUCAUGCACCCCACGGCGUCGAGUUCUGUGAGGAUGAAGAUGACGAUGAAAAUGAUGAGGAUAAUGGUAAUGGAGGCCAUGUCUCUGCGUACUAUUAAUGUGCAUGCAUAUGAGUUUACAAACUUCUGUUACUCCUUGAGUUUUAAAUUUUUUUAGGUAGUAUAUGGCUAUAUGCAGUGGUGAGAGAGAGAGAGAGAGAUGAUGAUGAAGACCAUGGUUCAUUCUGUGUAUUAUUAUUAGUAUAUGAAGUUUAGACUUUUAGUCUUGUACUAAUUAAGAAUGGUUAUCACAUGUGGAUGUCUUUGUUAGAUAGAUAGAUAGAUGGGUAGAGAGAGAGAAACAGGGAUAAGAGAGAGAGAGAGAGAGAGAGAAAGGGCAGAGAGAUAUCUAUUGCUAUGAACAUGAACAGCAGAAUCUGAGACUGUUCUGUACUCAUCUGUUGUCAUCUGCAGUCACUGAAUUAUUUACUUGACCACCUUC